AUGAAGACCUUCAUUCUCCUCGGCCUCACGGCAGCGGCCUCUGCUAUCGACAUCGCCCUCUUCACGUUCCAGAACGGCUACAAUGGCGGCUACAACUGCCCAGCGGGCAAUGCACGUCGCGCCAUUUGCUCCAACGUAAACCCCAACUCCUGCUGCGGCCUCCCCACCGGUGGCUUUCCCUCCAUCGGUUUCUACGGCAUCCCCGAUAGCUGGAAUCUCGAAGUCCGCGGCCACGAGGGCGGAAAUUGCGCCCGUACCAGGACAAUUGAUACAACUUUUGGCACGAAUUUCAAAUGUCUCGUGAAUGGGCCAUACACGGGAGCUGGCUACGGCUUCCGCUCGAGGAAGCGGAGCCCUGCUGUCAGCGAGGCAGGUGUCGCUGCAUCCGAGGACUGUCAGAUUCCGGACACGUUCAUCACCGAUGAGGGAAAGAAAUUCGAUCUCAAGGGGAUGGAUGGAGAGCAGGUUGCAGAAUUCUUGCAGGAUGGAUUUGCUGGAAGUAUCCCCAAGAAAUUUGAGAAGUAUGAGGUUGCCGCGUAG